AGCAGUCGUGGAAUUUGCCAUCCCUAGCAAAUCUUCAAAAAAUUAUUUGGGAAUAUAUUUUAUGUUUUGUACCUGUGCCAAAAAAGGAGCGCAAAUACUGAUCUGAGCUCAGAAGCAUCCGGUUCCCUUUAUAUGAAAGAUACUUUGUUCUACCGACAUGGACAAGGAUAAGUUUACACUCCAGACCAUACGGCAGGAGUUAAUAGAUAAUAACCUACAAGCCAAAGCCAUUAUUCAGGAUAUUCUAAAUAGCCGAACAUCUUUGAGUGAACUAGAGGAACUAAAUGAGGCUGGUCGUGCCAAGCUGUCGGCUAUACGCAAAAACAUUGAGCGUUUGGAUGACUGGUCCCGGGACAUGGCGGACCCGGCGUUGGCCAAGGAAGUAGACACGCAUCGAGAUCAAUUCUCAAAAACAUUGCAAGCGUUUCGAAAGGCUAACGUCUCUACUAUGCUGGAAAUCGAAAAGGCCAACCGCGAAGAGCUCAUGGCUAUAACGGGCGAGAGUGAUCUGCGACAGCGCCCCACCGCAGGAGCCCGUCAUAAUCGUGGUAGUCUGGUGUCGCAAGAAAAUGAUGUGACUGAAAAAAUGCUGGCCAUAUCACGGCAUCUGUCAGAGACAACACAGAAGAGUGCCAUUACUUUGGAGACAUUAGUGGCUUCUUCCCAAAAUGUUGAGGCUACCAGUGAUGAGCUGCAAAACACCGCAGGAAGCAUUACAAUGUCCGGCAAGUUGCUGAAGAAAUACGGCAGACGGGAGUGGACGGACAAAAUGCUCUUAUUUUUUGCAUUUUUCCUAUUUCUUGCCUGUGUAUUCUACAUUGUCCAGAAGCGACUAUUUUAGUUAGUAGCCCGUAUGUUAGGAAUAAGGAUCAGGCAGCAUGGAGCCUUUAAAACUAUGGACAUAGUAAAUAUUAAUGCUAGGCACUCGGUUACUACUUGUUAGUUGCACCUCUUUAUUUUGAUCUUAAAAUUUGUAUGGAAAUUUUCAAAUGUAAAUGCUAAUUGUAUGAUUUCGUAUAAAUAUAUGUAUUUAAUAAGGACAUCUGGGCACGCCACCGGGAUUUCUGAA